CAGACCGCGGUGUCGAAGGGUUGUCUUUAAAAAAUAUUUUGAGCUUUAACGUUCGUGAGCUUUGGCUAUGUUCGGACAUUGAGUGGAAUAUAAACAAAAGUGAAGUUAUAAACUUGAUUAAUGCUAAACUUACCGAAGUGGUGUGUUUACUAACAUUUGCUGAUUUUAAGGGGAAGGUAUGAUAAGUUGCGCAUCCCCCGCCGGCAUGCCGCCAGCGCCGCAUGCGCAGUCUUGGGGCUCGUUCAACCAACAGCCAAUUAUUAAAACGGAACCAAUGGAGGAGGGCAGCUUCUCAAAGGAACAGACAAGCGGAUUCUAUUCGGAGGGGUUCCACAGCGCAUCGCCAUCGUCAUCAAGCAAGGAUUCAAAUGGGCAUUCGCCCAGAAGCGUAGGCAGCUCCGGGGAACCGCUACCAUUCUACGACAACAUGCCAUUAAAGGCUAAAACAAAUCUUGGCAUGCACUUAGACUCGUAUCGCAAUGGAAUGCCAUACAAUCUUCUUACACCCCCUGGCUUCGUACACAGCAGGAACGUUGAAGAACACGAGCCAUCCCCAUACGAAUCAUACUCUCCGCGAUCUCUCGCGCCUCCAGCUCACGUUUCUACUCCCUUGGCUCGCGCUGAUGCUACUCCACCUAAAUCUCCCCCUAGAACUCCUACGUCUCCUGAUGGAGAACACGACAGGCGAUCUUUUGAUCGGUUCCACGAUUCUGGCUUCGAUGGCGUCGGUCAAAAUAAACCAGACUGCGACGAUGGCCAGGAAGGUUCUGGGCUUGAAGAUUUCGACGAAGAACCCGGUCUCCGCGUACCAGCAGUAAAUUCCCACGGAAAAGUGAAAACGUUCAAAUGCAAGCAAUGUGAAUUCGUCGCCGUGACUAAGCUUAGCUUCUGGGAGCACAGCAAAGAGCAUAUCAAGCCCGAAAAAAUGCUGACAUGUCGAAAGUGCCCUUUUGUUACGGAAUACAAGCACCACCUCGAAUAUCACAUGCGAAAUCAUCUCGGAUCAAAGCCUUUUCAAUGCACCCAGUGCUCUUAUUCUUGCGUGAAUAAAUCGAUGCUCAACUCUCAUCUCAAAUCGCAUUCGAAUAUUUAUCAAUACAGAUGCAACGAUUGUAACUAUGCAACGAAAUACUGCCAUUCACUUAAACUCCACCUGCGGAAAUAUAAACACAAUCCGGCGAUGGUACUUAACGUGGAUGGAACACCAAAUCCUCUACCGAUAAUAGAUGUGUACGGCACUAGACGUGGGCCUAAACAGAAGCCAAUGAUGAAGAUGUUUGAUCAACACCAUAUAUCCAAUAACAAGCCCCAACCUCCUCCACCAUCGCAUCCUCUAUUCGGAAACCACUUUCCUAUAAACCUACCAUACUUACCUCCACUUUUGCCUCAUUCGUUCUUAUUCCCACCCAACAAUAACUACGAACAACAAAGAACUUCUCCUAAGGUUGUCGAACAACAAAUUGAACAACAACUGUCUCCCCGAUCCAUUUUACACCAACGUUUGUCGUACGGAGAGGUUCCUAACGACGUUGUUUCACCUCCCCCUACAAAAUCACCUGCAAGUUUACCCCGUACACCGACGGCUCCACGCAGUCACUCUCCAACCCAGGCCGACGAUGCGCUCGACUUGACUAACACAAAGACUAGUGAGGCUGGCUCUCCCCCGCCCACAGAGAGUUCUGCAAACGCAGUAACACCCACCACAGCAAUGAAAAAUAGAAGAAAAGGCCGCGCGUUCAAACUGCAACCGGCUGCUUUAAGAUUGCAGCACGAAGACAACAAAAUGGAUGCAGAUGCGUCGGACUCAGAAUCCGACGCGUCCGCCGAAGCUCCAACCUCUACAGCCUCCAAUUCGUAUACUUGUCAAUAUUGCGACAUUACAUUCGGAGAUCUUACUAUGCACACUAUCCACAUGGGAUUCCACGGGUACAACGAUCCCUUUAUGUGUAAUAAAUGCGGUGAGAGAAGUUCUGAUCGUAUAGCGUUCUUUAUUCACCUCGGGCGUGCCCAACACGCUUAAACUCCUAAAAAUACUGUGAAUGUGUAAACGAGUUAAACUAGUCAACGCUAUUUAGCGUUUGAAACUACUAGGAUAUACCUUAGUCGUAAAUAUAGCUCAUUAGCUGUUUAGGGUGAAGUCAACUUAUUUAUUACAGGAAUAUUUUCGAAUCGUAUUUUCAUUUUAGCCAAAGAUUAAUUUUGUUAUGCAUGUAUUUUUGUAGGCAUUGAAAAGUUCGUUUAAAGGUAAAGCACUUUUACUAAUUAUGUUGUAAUACAAUCUUAAAUGAAUUAUUAAUUUCAAUUUUGUUCCUAUUAUGAAUUAUUAUGAACACAGCUGGAAGUUAUAUUAAAAUGUAUAUUUCUUAUUUGGGAUAAGUAAAAUAUUUCGUAUUAAGAUCGGAAGUAAAUAGCAGUAGGUUUGUGCUUUUAGAAUAAAACAUACAUGUUAACACUAUAUUAACUACAACUAUGGAUGUACCUUGUAAUUGUAAGUGAGUUAGUGAGUGACCAAUAAAUAAAUAAGACUGUAUCGUUUUAGUACAAAUCCAAUGUUCAAGUCAGUAAGAAGUUUGUUUGUGAUAGUGUUUAAGAAUAGAUUAAGUUGUACAAUUAUUAACUUACGGUGAAGUUACCUAUUUGAAUAGCGUUAAAAUUUUGUGGAUCCAAAGAGUUGUUCAUUUGAUUACUGUCUGUAUUUCCUUACAAUGGAUGUCUUAGAAUCAAAUACUGAAAACCAUCUCAAAACUUAGAAGCUACUUGGAUUGUCUUUUCCUUAAAACAAACAUCAAGAAAUAAUUACUUAAAUUAAGGGUCUUAAGUAAGUGGUUUUUAGUACUACAUAAAUAAAUGGACAGCAUCUUUUAGGUAAUUUUAACGCUACAUUUAAGUCAAAGUGUAUUUAUAGUAGUAGAAAAAGAUUUAUUAUUUUAUUUAUUUAUUUCGCUUAAGUUAUUGUUAAGGAUUAAGGUUGUUAUGUACAACUAAAUGUUGUAUCUAAAAACGUAGCAUCCGGAGUAUAUAAGACUCCAGUAUCUAAGUAAAAUUGCUUGUGUCAUAUAAACUAUGUAUGUACGGAAAAUUAUUGUAAUUUAACUGAAGGAAGAAUUUCA